UUUCUAAUCUUAACAGGACUUUACAGACUCCAACCCAAGUUCCAGUGGUUGUUUCUCCUGGCAAUCAGCAGCUGCAUACUGUCACACUCCAGACAGUGCCUCUUACCACAGUGAUCACCAGCGCAGAUCCAGCCUCAGCACCAACAUCCCAAAAAUUCAUUUUACAAGCCAUUCCUACUUCACAACCCAUGACGGUUCUUAAAGAAAACGUCAUGCUACAGUCUCAGAAGCCAGUCUCGCCUCCUUCCUCAAUCGUGCUGAGCCCGGCACAAGUGCUCACCAGCAGCGUGCAGACAAUUUGCAAUGGAACAGUCAACAUGGCUUCAUCUCCAUCCUUCAGCGCCACGACCCCUGUGGUAACGUUUUCGCCUAGCAGCUCCCAGGUGGUAGCUCAUCCAUCGGGCACGGUGAUCACUUCGGUUAUUAAAGCACCAGAUACGAAACAGAUUGGUGUACAAGGAGUGGUAAAAGAAGAAGACAGUGACAAAUUAGAUGAUACCGAGCAGUCGGAGCAGGGAUUCCAGCAGCAACCGUUUGUCAUGGUAGUGUCUAGUUCGAAUGGUUUCCCAGCUAACGUGCAAGUGAAGCAAGAAAAUGAGCCGUUGGAACCCAAUUCAUAUGUAUAAAUAAAUUAAAUAAAAAAAAAAAAGACCCUGUGGAUGAUUAUUUUCAUAAAUGUGAUGGGACCUUUUCAGUUAUGUAUAUAUGAUUUGAUUCUGAAGCAAGAUGUUGCAAAGCUACUUAAUUUCUGCAGUUAAUUGUUAGAAUUCAUGCUUUAGAGUGGAUUUUGAUUUUCUAUUAAUUGCUAAAUGUUAUCAUAUAAAUAAAAUUAUAUAUUACUCAUGUUUCGAAAUACAGGCAUGAAGGAACAUGCUUUUUACGCCACGAAGACUUUCUCCUGAGGUCAUUGGCCAAAGGUUCAAAUUUCCUGCUGGAUCUUUUCAGUCCGUUGCCGAUUUACAUUGCAGUAACGUUAUUGUAACCUUUCUGUUUAACCCCUACGUGUAUCACUUAACUCUCGAAGCAACAGUUAUUCCUAGUGGGACCUUUUCAUUCCAUGUGUAUGAAUUUUUAUAUUCAAAUGUCUGUUCCAUACCGGUGAAUUACAGCAGUUUUAGACUUUGAUAACCAGGUAUCCUGUUGCUUUUUUUUUCUUUUUUGCAGCACAAGCUCUUGUGUGUGCAAAAUGGAAUAUACACUCCUAUUGAGAGUACACGAAACAUUUAUUCCAGUAAUGGACAAUGCCAUGUCUAUAUUUUAUAGGAAAACAUCAGAUAUAUUUAAGUACAGAAGCUAACAGCAUCACUACAGGUGCAAACGUUCCAUGCCAUUCUGCGACUAUGAAGCUUAACAAUCUUGCUUUCUACUUCAGAUUAUUUUGUAAGGGGGGAGGGAAAUGAAAUAUAUACAAUUUAUGCAGGUGUUUGGAGAUUAAUACUGCUAAGAGUUCUUUUUUUUUGAUUGUAAAUAAUGUACAUUUAAUGUCACAAGGAAGUUUUUUCAGCUAAUUUGUUUCCAUACAAAUUUUUGAUAGAUGCAAAUAAGAUCAUUAUGUUUAGAGGUCUAAUGUUAUAUGUAUUCAUAUUACAGAGUGAAUUUGUAUUUAAAGACAAAUUUUUAAAUGAUGGAGCCCUCUGAACCUUGGGUCCUUGCCUUUUGUAUUUUUAAUUGGUUUAUUAUGAAAAUAAAUCAAGUGGAAAAACA